AAAGGACAAGCAGACAAACACUUUACAUAUUUUGUUUUAAUUAUUUCUAGUGGCAUUGCAGUACACACUAUUCUGCCAGCAUCCAAACUACCAGUAGUAAAUGAAACAAUAUAUUCUAAGGGAGAAGUACUACUACAGAACCUGCCUUCUAUUGUCUGUGGAUGGGUCCUAGAUGCCAAACCAAAUGAAUGUAUUCUAGACAUGUGUGCAGCCCCUGGUAAUAAAACUACACAUUUAGCUGAAAUGUCCAAUGAUCAAGCAACAAUAAUAGCUUUAGAUAAAACGCCACAGAAGGCUGCAAAAAUAAAGGAAAGUUGCGACAUUCAAGGAAUAACUUGUGUUACGGCAUAUGCUUUUGACUCAACUAAAUGUUGCUCUGAAGAAAGUAAGGGAAUAAAUAGUGGACCUCCAUUCCCACCAAAUAGUUUUGAUAAAGUGCUGUUAGAUGCUCCUUGCAGUGGAUUAGGACAAAGGCCACAGUUAGUAAAUAAAAUGACCCCAAAGAUGAUAGGUUCUUACAAGUUUGUUCAACGGAAAUUGUUUGCUGAGGCUGUGAAAGUACUAAAAGUUGGCGGGAAACUAGUAUACAGUACAUGCACAAUAACAGAAGAAGAAAACGAAGGUAUGGUGGCCUGGGCACUUGAGAAGUUCCCAUGUCUAAAACUAAUACCUGCUGAGCCAAUCCUGGGCGGAACAGGAUUACCCAAUAAAGGAUUAAAUGAUGCACAAAGAUUAAUGGUACAGAGAUUUGGACCAGAAGACAAUGAACUUAGGAAAGUAGAUCCUAUUUACAAGGAUUCUAUUGGAUUCUUUAUAGCAGCAUUUUCGAAAUCGUAAUCGAAGUAGUGGUUAUAGACAAAAGAAUACUGCCUCAUAGAUAUAAAAAAGGAUUUAUAUGAACUAAUGUGAGGCAUCACAGAUAUUAAAUAUUACUUGGUCAAAGAAGAUCCACUACUCUUAAUGUAAAAUAUGGCUAGUAUUUUGUGAUGAAUAUACAUUUAAUCAAUAAAUUUAAAUUAAAUACUAAUAAA